CCGGGGCACUGACUGAACCACAGUAACCACUUCAGAUUUCUUCUCUCGCCGCUCUCCCAUGGAGGCCGACCACGCGGACGAGAUCGGCAAGUGCGAGGCCGGCGGCGACACGGGGCCGCAGCCCGAGCCCGGGGCUGCGUCAUCCGCCGCGGCGGCGCUCGAGCACCAGCAGCCGUGGCGCGAGCAGCUGACGGUGCGCGGCCUGGUGGCCGCGGCGCUCAUCGGGUCCGUGUACUCCGUCAUCGUCAUGAAGCUGAACCUCACCACGGGGUUCGUGCCCACCAUGAACGUGUCCGCCGCGCUGCUCGCGUUCCUGGCGCUCCGCGGCUGGACGGGCGCGCUGGCCCGCCUCGCCGCGCGCUCCCCCUCCGCCGGCGCCGCCGCCAGGCCCUUCACGCGCCAGGAGAACACCGUCGUCCAGACCUGCGCCGUCGCGUGCUACUCCCUGGCGCUCUGCGGUACGUGCCAAAACCUGCCAGCCGGUCGCUUGCCUGCUCUGGCGUGGCCGGUGGCGCGUGUCGUGACCCGUGAGUUGGUGGUUGGUGUGCGCGCAGGGUUCGGGUCGUCCAUGCUGGGCCUGAACAGGAGGACGUACGAGGCGGCCGGGGUGAGCACGCCGGGCAACGUGCCGGGGAGCGUCAAGGAGCCCGGGGUCGGGUGGAUAACCGGGUUCCUCGUGGCGAGUAGCUUCGGCGGCCUGCUCACCCUGAUUCCCCUGAGAAAGGCCUUGGUCAUCGACUACAAAUUGACAUACCCAAGCGGCACCGCGACGGCUGUUCUUAUAAACGGGUUCCACAGCCCACAAGGAGACAAGAAUGCAGAGAAGCAGGUCCGUGCAUUUCUGAAGUACUUCGGGAUCAGCUUCCUGUGGAGCUUCUUCCAGUGGUUCUACACCGGCGGCAGUGCCUGCGGAUUCGCUCAGUUCCCUACGUUUGGCCUCCAGGCCUGGAAACAAUCGUUCUUCUUCGAUUUCAGCAUGACGUACGUUGGAUCCGGGAUGAUCUGCCCGCACCUUGUGAACCUUGCCACCCUCCUCGGCGCGAUCCUCUCCUGGGGGAUCCUGUGGCCACUCAUCAGCAAGCGCAAGGGGGAUUGGUACCCUGCAGACGUGCCGGAGAGCAGCAUGAGCAGCUUGUAUGGUUACAAGUCCAUCCUCUGCAUAGCUCUGAUCAUGGGCGAUGGCCUCUACCACUUCGUCAAGGUCCUCGGCGUCACUGCCAAGAGCUUGCAUGAACAAUCGAAACUCAAACGCAGCAACAACCGAGCUAGCAGAAAUGUGGCCGACUUGGACAACGCGGCCGCGAUCGACGACCUGCGGCGGGACGAGGUCUUCAGCCGGGACUCCAUCCCGGCGCGGCUCGCGUACGCCGGGUACGCCCUGAUGAGCGUCGUCGCCGUGGUCACCAUCCCGGUGAUGUUCCGGCAGGUGAGGUGGUACUACGUGGUCGCCGCGUACGCGCUGGCGCCCGUGCUGGGCUUCUCCAACGCCUACGGCGCCGGGCUCACGGACAUCAACAUGGGCUACAGCUACGGCAAGGUCGCGCUCUUCGUCCUCGCGGCGUGGGCCGGGCGCGACGACGGCGUCGUGGCCGGCCUCGUCGGCUGCGGGCUGGUGAAGGAGCUGGUGCUCAUCUCGGCCGACCUCAUGCACGACUUCAAGACGGCGCACCUGACCAUGACGUCGCCGCGGUCCAUGCUCGCUGCGCAGGCCGCCGGGACGGCCAUGGGCUGCGUCGUCACGCCGCUCACCUUCCUCCUCUUCUACCGGGCGUUCGACGUCGGCGACCCGGACGGGUACUGGAAGGCGCCGUACGCGCUCAUCUACCGCAACAUGGCGCUCCUGGGGGUCCAGGGCUUCGCGGCGCUGCCCAGGCACUGCCUGCCGCUGUCCGUGGGGUUCUUCGCGCUCGCCGUGCUCGCCAACGCGGCGAGGGACGUCCUGCCGCCGCGGUACGGGAGGUGCGUGCCGCUGCCGACGGCGAUGGCCGUGCCGUUCCUCGUCGGCGCCAGCUUCGCCAUCGACAUGGUGGUGGGGACCGUCGUGGUCUUUGCCUGGCACCGGAUUGACGGCGACGAGGCCGCGUUGCUGGUGCCAGCGGUCGCGUCGGGCCUGAUCUGCGGGGAUGGCAUAUGGACGUUCCCUUCGUCGUUGCUUUCUCUUGCCAAGAUCAAACCCCCGAUCUGCAUGAAAUUCACAGCUGGAAGCUAGAGAAAUAAUGGACUUCUUGUCAUGUAUGGAUGUUCGGGUGCUGACUUGAUGCUGUCCUCCUCCAUGGCUCUGAUUGCACUGAAUUCUCUUCCUUCUUUCUUUUAGGGAAAACGGUCGUGAAAAAUAAAAAAACUUUCUUGCAGGA